GUGGACGCGGCUAAGGAUGCCGGCAGCCCUGCGAGGGUUAACACUCUUAAAUGACUUACUCACGUCAGCCACGUAGAAGGAGGGCCCACAGUCUGUGUUAUCCUCAAAGCAGACAAAGAAGGUGUUUAGCUUGUCCAGAAGCAAGAUAUCUGUGUCCGCGACAUGGCUUGUUUUCCUUUUGUAGUCCGUGAUUGUCUGUAGACCCUGACACAUAUGUCUCGUGUCUGAGCCGUUGAAUUGCGACUCUCUUUGUUUCUAUACUGACGUUUUGCAGAAUAACUACACUGUUUGUAUUCAGCCAUAUUCCCAGUCACCUUUCCAUGGUUAAAUGCAGUGGUUCGCGCUUUCAGCUUUGCGCGAAUGCUGCCAUCUAUCCAUGGUUUCUGGUUAGGGUAGGUUUUAAUAGUAGGUACAACAUCUCCUAUACACUUCCUGAUAAACUUAUUCCAGUCCAGUUGAUCAAAGCAAUCUUGAAGUGUGGAUUCCGAUUGUUCAGACCAGCAUUGAAUAGUCCUUAGCCCGAGUUCUUCCUGUUUGAGUUUCUGCCUAUAGGAAUGGAGGAGCAAAAUGGAGUUGUGAUCAGAUUUGCCGAAGGGAGGGCAGUGUUUGAGUGUUUUUUCAAAUUUCAAAUUUUUCAAAGCAGCCCACAUGCUUACUUAAGAUCAACAGGGAAAUGCACAAACCUGUGAAGUUCUUCCAAUAAUAAGAGGGAUGUGAGUCCAAACUCUGUGUUCAUGACCGAACCACACGUUGGCCCAGUUGGACUCACAUGUUCCCCUACAGUAUUCACAGAAUAGUUGAUGUACCUCUUUUGCUUAGAAUCCUUGCAUCUUCAUCCUUCUUUUUCACGCCACUGGCGGUGGAAUAUUAUAAUAGUUCAUUGAAUUGACUUCAAGAGCAUUUCAGCACCUGAACAGCGACCUACAUAAUGGCUUUGUGAUACAGUGAAUGUGGACUCUAGACUGACUGGAUUUUUACCCAUGUUUGUCCAUAGCCUGCUUAAUCGUUGGCCAGCAGUGUGCCCAAUUGAUCUGAUAUUUUUGCUACCAAAAUGUGCAUACGGACUCAGGAGAGGUGUACAUAACCGUGUUUUUCUUUAACAUUUUUCUGUAUUCUAGGGCCCACUUGGAAUGGAUGGGAAGCCUGGUGCUCCUGGUCCCAUGGGAAGCCAGGGACUGCUUGGGCCAAAAGGAGACAAGGGUGAUCAGGGUCAGGCUGGCCCUCCCGGCCCCCCGGGGCCCCCUGGCUCACCAGGUCUCAGAGGACCAUCGGGGAACACAGGGAAGGAUGGGCCCAGAGGUCACUUUGGGGAGCAGGGUCCACCUGGUCGAGAUGGAACUGAUGGAUUAGAGGGACAAAUGGGUCCUCCUGGACGACAGGGUGAGGAUGGACAGCAUGGCAUGCUUGGACCACAGGGGCCUCCAGGGCUAAAGGGGGAACAGGGGCAUGCUGGUGACCAGGGCAGGAAUGGCCUUGAUGGACUACCAGGGAUGAAGGGGGAGAAGGGGGACACAGGAGACACAGGGCCUCAGGGGGACAUGGGCUUACCCGGAGAGAAGGCUGCUCUUGACUCCUAUGACAUCGGCCUUGGCCAUGUCUUUCAGGGGCCCCCAGGGCCACCAGGGCCACCAGGAGGACAAGGGCCAAAGGGAGAAUCAGGCUCACAUGGUGCACCUGGAGCUGAUGGGGAUAGGGGAGCCAAAGGGGAAAGAGGUGAUGAUGGGAUGCCUGGAGUGGCAGGGGAAAAGGGAGAGAAAGGUCUGACGGGCCUAACUGGGCUUGCGGGAGCUGACAGCAAAAAAGGAGAGAGAGGAGAUUCAAGGUUUGAGGACAAUCUGGCCCAGAUUAUCUCUAUCGCAGGCCCUCCAGGGCCCCCCGGACCUCCUGGGCUCCAGGGAUUCAUGGGACAUCAUGGAAUGCCUGGCCCCAAGGGGGAACCAGGUGAGAUAGUGAAAGGAGAAAAGGGGGAUGCAGGUGACAGAGGACCUCCUGGGUUAAGGGGUAUUCAGGGUCUUCCAGGUUCUACAGGAUUGGUUGGUCUCCCUGGCACCAUAGGGAGAAAGGGAGAGCAAGGAUUGCCGGGAUUAGAUGGUUUCCCCGGGCUGAUGGGAGAAAAGGGGGACAGAGGAGAUAAGGGUGACAGGGGGAUGCUGGGAAAGAAGGGACUGAAGGGACAGAAGGGCGAGGAGGGCCCCCCUGGACUGGACCAGCCCUGUCCUGUGGGUCGGGAUGGAUUGCCCAUACCAGGGUGUUCGCAUAAGUGAUGAGUUACCUGGGACAUGGGAUCUGUACAUAUCGAUAUAUAUUUUUCAACUAAAAUUCAAGUGUGUUUUUUUUGUCGUUGCCAAUUCCUAUUUAAUAUGUUGAGGUUUUCAUAUUGGAAUUUGGAUUGUGCGUCUAUCACAAUCAAUAUUUUUUACUUUUUGGUUAUGAAAAGAAAACCAUUUUUUGUUGUUGUUUAGAGAUUAGGUAGAGGAAAGAUAUAGUGCACACAAAGGAGACUGGUUACAAAUGGAAAGGAGCAGCAAAUACACUCAGCCCCACAUUUUUGCUGCUUACAGUAUAUCUAAUCGUGGAACCUGAAAUAUAGUAUUAACCUGGAAUACAGUAUGAUUGACUAACAGACUCACUAGUGUUCCCACAUGGAGAUACAGCAUUGAAGUGUGCAACUCAGCCUGCAUCUUGCAAAUGAUUCUACCCCAUCACUCCUGUGAUUGUUGUUUGCUUUGAAAGAACCAACCGUCAUGGCAUGGGCCCAAUGCCAUGCGCCUAUCCCAACCUUAGGAAAGGUACAGAUGUAGGCUCUUAAUUUGAGCCAGUUUGCUAUAGCAGGAAAAUAAUCCUGCAGCAACAGCAAAUGCGAAUUAUUAUGUGGAUUAUAAUUAAUGGACAUUUUUUGUAGGGGUUGAUAAACAUUUUGUUAUGGCAAAUCAAGUUUGACAUUUUUAAGUGGAAAUUACAAACUUUAGGAGCCUUUUUAAAUCUCAAAUACAUUACAAGUUUGCGUGUCCUGCUGUGCAGGAAAAUUAUCAGCCACAAAAGAGUGAUCAAAUUAAGAUCCUACAUCUGUAUGGGGAAGCGCAGAUGAUGGCCCUCACCAUGGAACCUUUGUUUGCAAUAAUUUUCCUAAAUGUGCUUAAUGUAUAGAUCAUUAUUGGUCUAAAAAGUUGUAGGAUGUUUAUGAUGGUUUCAAAGUUAUUGCUGAGUUGUUCCAUCAAAUGCUUUUUUCAUUCCUCUGAGUCCUCUAACCAUGCUAUGUGGAGUUAAUUGACACAGAACACUGUACAACUUUUUGAAUUAGGCCUAUCAUGGAAAAUGUAUGAUAGCAAUCCUAAAAAUGUUUUGAAGACUUUUUACAUCUGACAUCAAGCUAGACAAAAACAUCUACCUAUCAAACCUACCUGGUUGGCUGAUUAGGUUAAAUAUUUGUUCUAGGACAUGCCGUUUUUAAGUUGUCUGUCAUAUUAAAUACUAUUUUAAAUGCACAUGGUUGUAUUCUUAAUUAUGAAGUUCAAGUUGCAUUGUACUUUAUAAUGCUGGUGGCCUACUUUUUUCAUUUUUCUUCAUUUUGUAAAUGCUGUCGGUUGGUGUCGGUUCUGUCCAUUGAGGUAUAAAACAACAGUAGACUGCUGCCAAGAUGGACGCCUGUUGUUUUCAACGUAAUCUACUCAUGUUUGCACACGCCGUUUUGUGGUCACUGCCAUCUGCUCUACAGAGCCGAUAACGCCUGCGCACUAGCACUCAGUGCGCACUGGAGCAAGCGCAAGCAGCGACAAUGUCAUCACGUCAGCCAGAUGAUUGGCAGACAAUGGAUGAAUAUUAAAUGUUAAUAUUUACGGCUGUGAGGGAUGAAGGAAAAAACCAGCCUCGAAGACAAUUACUGGAAAAAUCAUUGGAGGUUGCUGAGGGGAGGACGACUCAUAAUAAUGGCUGGAACAGAGCAAAUACCAUUCCACGCAUUCCGCUCCAGCCAUUACCACGAGCCCAUCCUCCCCAGUUAAGGUGCCACCAACCUCAAGUGAAUUCAAUGGAUAUGUUUGGCACAAAGGUGAUAACAAAAGUGUUGUUUUCGGAAUAGGGUCGUCUAUGGGAAUUGUCCUUUUGGGUUAGGCUUCAGCUAAAAUGCAGUACCAAAAAUGCCCUCUGAGCACAGUGUUCCAGACAAGAACCCUAGCCCCCAGGUUCUGUCCCUUUUCCAUUUUGUCUGUUUAUAUUUUUUUCUGUGUGUUUUUUUCUGUCUUAUUACAUGUGUAAAAAUGUGUGCGCAUUGGAGUGGUUGACUCAACUAAAGAACAUAAAAGACCAGGGAACCAACCAGGGAACUUUCAAGCAGUUUUCUAGCCUUUUUGAUGCGAGGCUAGCAGGGGAAAACAAUAAAUCGGCAAGGAAGGGAGGAUGAACGAGCAAUGACGGUGGUCAUCUACACCAGUGUUUCCUAAACUCGGUCAUGGGGCUCUCACUGGGUGCAUGUUUAGUUUUUUUUGCCCUAGCACUACACAGCUGAUUCAAAUAACCAACUCAUCAUCAAGCUUUGACUAUUUGAAUCAGCUGUGUAGUGCUAGGGAAAACACCAAAACGUGCACCAAGGGGGGGCCACAGGACCAAGUUUGGGAAACCCUGAUCUACACAAUAUAAAUGCUGCUGGUGUGAACCAGGUGGACUACUGCUAUCAUCGCGGGCGGCGCGAGUCUGAUCAUGACACCGAUCAACGAUUCAGGACUUUCUGAGAUCAACCAACCAGCUAGGGGACCUGCUGCUCUAUUAUUGCACAUGAGUGUUUAACUACAAUGUUUUGUCCUAUCUGUUAUUUGUGUAACUUUGUCCAAAGGCUGCAAUGUCUGGUGAAUUGACGAUUUGUGCCUUAGUAGGUCUAUUGCCUAGCCUUCUUUCUGUCGCUUAUAGGUGUAUAUGUGUACAACUGAAUGCAUUCAACUGAAAUGUGUCUUCCGCAUUUAACCCAACCCCUCGAUUAAGGCAACGGGGGGCUGCCUUCAUCGACAUCCACGUCAUGGACGCCCGGGAAACAGUGUAUGUUCUUGUUGUUUUGUUUUGAGGGCCACAAUGGAAAUACGUUUGAACUUUUUCUUUAAAUGCAUUAAUUCACAUGCAUGGUUGUAUUGUGUUUUUAAAUGGUCAAAUAAAAAAAGGGGAAAAAAGCUAAUUGACCUUAUAAGAAGCUA